CCUCCUCCCCUCCCCAGAGAUUUCGCGAUGAUUCAGAUGAGCCCUCCCAGGCCUUCGCCCUCUUUCUCCCUGACAUCAUCCCUGUCGCUGCUGAAGCCCUUUUCCUCUCUGCCUUUCCCACCCUCUCCACCUUCUCCCUACCUGGCUCCUUCCUUGUCUCUGUCCUCUUCUGCGUCCUUGCUGUCCCCACCCUGGCUCCUUCCCCCAGCGAGCGGCUCGCUUUCCUUUCCAGGCUUGCGCUCUGCAGCCGCAGGAGCGGCCGCGCGAAGUCAGAGGAGCUGGUGCUGAGGCAGCGGUUCGCGCGGGAUCCGGACUCGGGGACCCAAGCCCGCGCGGAGCUGGGAUAGGGGGCCGCGCUCGCCCGCCGGGCGCCCUCCUGCCCGCGAUGGGCUGCUCCAGCAGCGCCCUCAACAAGGCCGGCGACGGCAUCAGGCCCCGCAGCGAAGAAAGCGAGUCCUGCUUUGUCCAACCAAAACCACGUACACCAGGAAGAGAAUCUACUUUAUAUGGCAAGGUACAAAACGAAAGCCUUCCUCGACUAGAAAAGCUCAAGAUUUCAGCUGUGUCUACAGCUAAUGGUGUUAAAUCCCUCCAUGAACAGCCCCUGGCAAAGGAGGCUGCAGACCCACCAGGAUCCACAGAGGAAACUCAGCCUCUUAAGGGACUGAAGGAGUCUGGGUCACCUCAGCCAGGUGGCAAAGAUGAUACUCCAGAGGCAGGAGAAAAGAAGAAGGACGUGGAAGCAGUGACAGAGGCUCAGCCUUCUAAAGGAAACGCUGAGACCGAAGCUUUAGGAGCAGAAGCUAAGAGUCAACCUCUGAGGACAGCGGGAGAGAGGGACUCUCCUGGAGCAGUGGAAGGUACUGAGAAUCCACAAGCUGCCGGAGAGAUGACACCCCUAGGAACAGCUGAGAAAAUUCCACCUCUGGAAGCAGCUAGAGAGCUACAAUCUCAAGAAGCUAUGGGGACGGAUGAACAGUCCCAACUCCCAGAAACAGUUCCCAAGGAGACGGAAUCUCCAGAAAUAUUGGAAGGAAGUCAGCUUGUGGAAACAGCUGAAAAGCAGCAACUUCAAGAAACACUGGGAGAAGAUGACCAGUCCCAACUUCUAGAGAUGAUUCCCAGAGAGAAUGGAACACCAGAAGUAUCAGACAGAAGCCAGCUUAUGGAAACAGCUGUCAAGGAUGAUUCGCUCCAUAAAACUCCUGAAGGUCCAGGAAACAUGGAGCAGAUCCAACCUGAAAGAAUAGUUGGAAACAUGGAACAUCCAGCAGAAAUUCUAGAGACAGGGGCAAAUGUGGAAACGGUCAGGAAUAUUCAUGCUAACGAAGAGGACCAACACGUUGAAGGUGAAACAGGAGAAAAGGUUGAAACAGACGUGGAGAAUGAGAAAGUAAGUGAAGGGGCUGAAACAAAAGAAGAAGAAACGGGAGAAGCUGUGGGUCUUUCAGCAGCCCCGUAUAUAGGUAUGGUGAUGGAAGGGUGAAUGGACACAGCGUAUUAUAACAGAGAAGACAGAAAGCGGCAGUGAAGUUUGUGGUUACAGAUCUUAUCUUUCAACAUCUACGUGUUUUAUACAAGGAGUGUGGUUAUCAUGUUCUUGAUUACAUUGUUCCAUAAAACUGCUAAGCUGUGAACAGUUUUUCUAGCUACUUACAAUUCAAAACUACAAAAAAAAAAAAAAAAGAAGAAGAAAACUACAAUAGCUAGAGCCAAUACCAACUAGGGUAUAUGUUCGUUUAAGAGUGUGAGGGUGUUUUCUCCACUGUGGCAAUGGGUCCAUUCAGUGUAGAAAAUGAGACCCCAAAAGAAAGUAUAAACCUUUAAGUAUAGGUGGCCGGAGAAAGGAGUUAGCAGAUUUUAGGGAGCUCAUGAUAAUAAAGUCAUACAGUUGGAAUUAGGAUGGAGUAAGAAUGAUCAACAAUAACCGGGCAAACUAUACGUAGUAUUUCUUUCCUAUCACAGAAUUUAGAGCUGGUGGGAACCUGGGAAAGUAUGUCAUCUAAUUACCUUCUCACCUUAAGUCUAUCUACUACCAUACAUGCUUAUUGAUCGUGGUGUAUUAAAUAUGGUAACAAAAUUCUUCGUAAAGGAAUGCAGACUCUGGUGCUGUUAUAAGAUUAGGCAUUUUCACAGUGAAAGGUUAUACAUGUUUUAUGUGCCAUUUUGAAUCGUCUAGUGAUUUUAUACUUAGGUGAGGUGUUUCAAUUGGUGUUAUCCUUUUGACUGACAUUAAAGGUAUUUUAAAUUAACUGACUUUUAAAUAUAUUUCAGAGGCAACAAACAGCAAGAAUUAAAACCUAGAUUUGUUGCCUGUGUGGAGUCUAUUCCUUGGGCCCUAUUUUUUUUUUUAAGAUUACUGAUUUAAUAUUAGGCUUUAGAUGUGGAAAAGAGCUGAAAAAUCAGGAUUUAAAAACCAUUUAUACUAUCUCCUUUGUGUUAAAAUGACACACCACAGAAAGUCCCUUUUCAAGUAUCCCUCCAAAGUUGCCAAGGGAUCUUGGUAAACGAUGAUAUGUGAAUAAUAAUAAUGAUAGCAAUCUUGCCCACCAAUGAGUGCCUUGUGUUUAUGAAUAUCAGGAUAGAGUUAUAUUCUGGAAACAUUUUAUAUCUUUAUCUUAUUUGUACAUAUGUAGUUUAAAGAUAACUGCUCAGAUGAAUUAACUAGACUAUUUUUACUUUAGCUUCUAUAUUAAACUGACUCUUAAGAUGAUGUAAUUAAUUUUAAGAAUAUAGGAUAGAGGGAAGAAUUAUCAUCCUUACUCUGAUUUUAAUGUUAGUGUAUGUUUCUGACUUUAAAGAGUUGAGGUAGCCAACAAGAGGAGUUACUUGAGUAGGUGACUUCAUCCUUCCUGCAAAGUAAAGAAGCUGGGUUGUGAUUUGAUUGAGAACAAGGAUUGUUUUAUGUGUCUUUGAAUUCAUGCAUUUAGCUCUUUUAAUGGGACAUGAUAGGUGCUUGAUAAGUAUUUGUCGAAUCAAUAAAUGAAUAAUAAAUACCAAGUGUUCCCAUUUACACUUAAUUCAUUAAAAAAGAAUAUAGGGCUUCCCUGGUGGCGCAGUGGUUGAGAGUCCGCCUGCCGAUGCAGGGGACACGGGUUCGUGCCCCGUUCCGGGAAGAUCCCACAUGCCGCGGAGCGGCUGGGCUCGUGAGCCAUGGCCGCUGAGCCUGCGCGUCCGGAGCCUGUGCUCCGCAAUGGGGGAGGCCACAACAGUGAGAGGCCCGCGUACCGCAAAAAAAAAAAAAAAAAAAAGGGUGAUGUAUAAGCCAGGCUAUGUGGAUAUGCUAAAACAGAAGUGUAUGCUUACACAUCCACAUUUUAAAACACAAAUGACGGGCUUCCCUGGUGGCAUAGUUGUUAAGAAUCUGCCUUCCCAUGCAGGGGACAUGGGUUCGAGCCCUGGUCUAGGAAGAUCCCACAUGCCGCAGAGCAGCUAAGCCCAUGCACCACAACUACUGAAGCCCGCGUGCCACAACUGCUGAAGCCCACACGCCUGGAGCCCAUGCUCCGCAACAAGAGAAGCCACCACAAUGAGAAGCCUGCACACUGCAACGACGAGUAACCCCUGCUGGCCACAACUAGAGAAAACUCCCACUCAGCAACAAGACCCAACGUAGCCAUAAAUAAAUUAAUUAAUUAAGAAAAAAACCCACGAAUCACUAUUUUGUCCUUACAUUGUGAAAAAGUACAUGUAAAACCACGAAUCCAUCCUUUCCACUGCUAGAAGUUUUUUCUUUUGCCUAAAACUGGUAUAUAGACUUUGCAUAUCAAAGUGCAUUCUAAGUCCCCAGACUCUGAGAGGAGUUUAUCAAUUUUGCUUCCAGAUUCAAAAUGCACAAGUUGGAUAAGGCUUGAGCUAUUUAUAAUGAAUUAAUAGAAAAAACUACCAUCAGGGCUGGAUUUUCCACUGGAUUUUCUAAUUCCAGUGGCCAUACAACCACUUUGUAACCCAGUUUUGUGAUCUAUUAAGAUGAUUGCAGAAUUCUCUGUAUCUAGCUGGGAAGGAAAUGGUGAACGAACGAUUCACCAGCUGGUAUCCCCAUUAGGGCGUGAACGUUGGCGUUUACUGAUAGAGGGUGCCAGUUGCAAAUCUGGGAAAUUCCCAACCCAGACUCCAAAACUCUUGGCCAGAUGUGCUCUGUACCAUCAAUUGAUACCAAGCAGGGCCCUGUGGGGCUCCUGGGUACAAAGCCUUUCUGUGUCCCCCAUUUCUUUGAUUACAGGAAACAGCCUUCAUUCAGCCUCCAUGACCUUCCCUGAGUUCCAAUAGGCAGAUUCAAGCAGUUGUUAAUUAGGGAAGGAAGGGGAUGCCAGACCUGGGAGAAACAAACAGUCAAGAGCAGCCUUGGGGCAAGGCUCUGUUUCCCCAUCAACGGAUGCACACAACAAUAUCUUUGAGCUAUUUUGCAGAUACCGAAACCCCCUCCAGGUGGGAGAAGUUAACGAUUAAGGACGGUAUGCUGCCCACAAGCAUGUAGACCCCAGACCAGUUGGACCUGAAGGUUGAUGAUGCCGACUCUUACCUCACCACCAACCCAUCAGAACAAUGUCCAUGAGCUGAUCACACUGUCUUUGAACAAUUACUAUAAAACUUCUCACUAUCUUCUCCAAGUGAGGACACACAGUAUUUUGAGGCAGGAGCCUGCUGUGUCCCCCUUUGCCUGGCAAAGUAAUAAAGCUAUCCUUUUCUACUUCACCCAAAACUCUGCCUCCAAGAUUUGAUUCGGCACCGGUGUACAGAGAAGCUGAGCUUUCUGCAUCACUCCUGGGGGACCCACAGGAUAGGAGUAUGUGGCCAACAUGUGACCUCAUUGCUUUUUCCAUUUCAGCUUUGCAGUAAGAGUCCUAGCAUAGCUAAUAGCCUUUGAGCAGUCAAAACACCCAAGUCAUUAUUUAAAAAAAAAUUUUUUUGGCCAUGCGGCAUGGCUUGUGGGAUCUCAGUUCCCUGACUAGGGAUAGAACCCCGGCCCUCAGCAGUGAAAGCACAGAGGCCUAACCACUGGACCACCAGAGAACUCCCCAUCAUCAUUCUUAACAAAUGCUUUAUUCCACACUUGGCCUUGAGUUAAAAAUGGCUUUUAAAGGAAAAUGUUUCUUUUCCACAUUGAAGUAAUCAAAGAGUGUUGGGUGGUCAUAGUCAAAUAAUCUGUGCUCUUUUGGUAAAUACAAUAGCUUCUUAUAGCAUCUAACAUUACAAGCAUCUCAUUUUUAUAAAGCUAAUCUGGUGACCCAAUUCUGAAUUGUUUCACAAAAGUCAGCAAUGUGAACAUCAUAAAGCCAUUCAUGUAGCCUAGUGCAUCUGUUGGGUGAAAGGAGAAUGAUCCUCUAAUAACAAGGCAUGGCUGUGUCUGAAAAGUUGAAAGCAUUUGCUCACAAGGUAUCAUUUAAUCUAAAACUUUGUCAGCUCCUCUUGUCCCCAGAGCGUAUAAAGUUAACAAGUGAGAUUCGUUGUAAUCUCAAGGUUUUAAUUGCAGAAUCAGAGAACUGUUGACAGGUGUGGAAUUUCUCUUUUCAGUUCUUGUUACUUUCAGCAAAAGUUAAGGAAUUCCGUGUCAGUGUUAACCCAUAUGGAGUCAAACUGGAGACCUUCAGCUUUACUUCAGAAAUACCACUCAGCAAAUGUGUUGGGCAAUAGUUGAGAUACUGCAAGCUAACAACCAUAUCGUUACUUCUGCGCCUAAUGAAAGAAGUCUCCAGACGUCAGCCAGGCUUUAACAACUUUUGAAGGUCGAAGAGGGGCCAGUCUGUAUUAUGUUAAUCUAAAUUACCCUUUCUGUUUAAUAAUGUGCAACUGACAUGAAUAAACAUAUAACUCUAUCCACUACUGGGACAGAGAUCUGCAAGCCUCACCAGUUUCCAGAAAAAGAGUUCUGAGAAACCAGAUAGGGACAAUAAUUUUGGUUUGAAAUCUGCCUCAUUUUUUUUUUUCCUUGUAAAAUAUAGGUAGUUCUCAAACUUUUCUUAACAAAAUAAAAGUAACUGUAGCAAAACAUAAUUCAUGCUAUCAUAUAAAUUUAUGAAAAAAGUAAUGCAUAGUAUACUGAAUCAAUUUAUGUGACCCUGAUUCCAAACACUUAAAAAAAAAUAUUCAGUGAUAAAGAGAAGAGGCUCUCCACAGCAGCUGUAUUGUUGUAGAGGGACUUUGGGCUGGGAGGGAGUUUCAGCCCCAGCACCUCACUAGGAAGACACCAGGCCCAAAGGUGAACUCAUAGCAGUCCACUGUGAAAACAAAUGAAAAGUUUAUUUCAGCUAGUGGUUAUUUAGUGGAUCAGUAUGGAUUUGCUUCAAGUUUUCUGGAUAUCAGAGCUUUGUUAAAAAGUGUUGUUGUUGUUGUUGUUUUUUGGUAAAAACACUGCUUCUAAGUACUUGUAUAUGACACAGUGAUUAUUUAGGUAAUAAUUGCAAGGAAGAACUCCUUUACUAUUAAAAUAAUAAUUUUUUCUUAGUAAAAAAUGAAUACAUGUUCAUGGUAGAAACUUCAGAAAAUAUAAACUUUAAAAAGAGGAAAUCUAACAUUACACAUAAUACAAUCAGGGAUUAUUAUUUUUUUAGUGUUGCAAUAGCAAGUUAGCCAAAGCACAACUAUUAAUAGAACUUUAUGUCUGUUGAACCGCUGAGCAUAGCACUUCUGGAUUUUCCUCACUGGAAUCUAUUGGAGAUAGCAGGUUACAGAGAAUGUUCCAAUAAUCCUUGCUAUAUUAGUAAAUAUUGAUUAGUGUUACAGAGAGAGCAACUAUGCCCAAGUAUAUUAGCACUUAGCUGACCACAGUUUAUGAUAACUAAUUUUUUGAUAUCUUAGGAAAAAACACUGAAACUAAAAAUUUUAUUUGAAAUUAUUGUUAAAGCUUUCUAACUGUUGAUCAAAUGUCAGUGAAAAGAUUGUAAGCUCUUUAGAGAGCAGGAAAAGUGCCCUACAGGGCCUAGUACAAAUUUUGCGCUCUAAAUGCUUGUUGAUGAUACAUGCUCUUUAUUCUUAUAUAAUCAUGAUAAUUUCCUCAGAACUGAAUAUAAUUGGCUAUAGGGAAAAUAUGGCCAACAUUUUUAUAAAAUUAUUUUGUACUGCUGGUUCAAUAUUUACAAUUUUGAUUGAAUGUUAUUAGAAAUAAAGUGUUUGAAAGCUUUUCUCUGUA